AUGGCUUCCAAGAUCCCUUCUCUGUCCACCUGUGGAAUGGAAUCCCAGGUGAGAUCAAAACAGCUAAAAGAACAAGCGGAGAGCAGCGGAGAGAGCAGCGGAGAGAGCAGCGGAGAGAGCAGAGGAGAGCCUUUCUCCUCACUGUUGGAAGCUGAUGCAGGUCAUUUCUGUCAUUUGAGCUCUGUAGGUGGGACAGCAGCUUCUCUGCCUCCCUUAAGAUAUGUGAUUGGCACCCAGUGGACUCUGGCAUCUUCAGAAAGUAGCAGAUUACUGACAAAGGAAGCUUGGGACAGAAAGCCCCGCCAGUGGUGGCGCCUUAGGAGGGACCGGGCGCCCCGCUGGCCCCUCGGCCGCCCGGCAGGCCUCAAGGGCGGGGCUGACCCAGCCAGGCGAAAGGGAGUGCCGCGGGUGACGCACUUCCGCCCCGAGCCUUCCGGCUCGCCCGGGACCCCGAGCCUCCUCACCACAACAAUCUCGGGCGCCGUGCGAGCGCCGCGGCCCUGUCCCUGCCCUCCUGCUGCUGCCACCUGCCGCCUGGCCUCGCCGGCGGGGACGGCCCAGCCGCCUUCGGGAGGGCAGGCCGCGUCUGCCGCCCAGUACCCGCUGCCAUCCCGCCGCCCCGCGAGAGCAGGAGGGCGAGCGCCGCGGAGCAGGCAGGAAGGGCGCCGGGCCGGCCUUGCUUGCCUCAGGCUCCCUCAGGCUCCGCUCGGAGCCGCAGCCUUGCUUGCCUCAGGCUCGCUCUCGGCCGCGGCCUUGCUUGUCCCGGGCUUGCUCUCCGGCCGCCGCCCCCGCCGCCGCCGCCUUCUCCUCAAGCUCGCUCUGCGGCCGUUCCCACCCCCUCCCAGGCUCGCUCCCCGGCCGCCGCCUUCCUCCUUCUCCUCCUCCAGCCACGCUCGCUCCCCGGCCGCCGCCCCUCAGCCUCCCCGGCUGCGCCGGUGCUCGCGUAGGGCCUUGUUGCGUUUCAGUUCGGGGGUCGCCGCAGGGGCGGGGCGCCGGGCGGUCCGCCGCGGGCCACCCCUUCGCGGUCGCCCCGGGUCGCCUGCCUGCCUGCCUGCCUUCCUCCGCAGUCCGGAGCCUGGCGGAGCCCAGACCUGGCGGGGACAGCUGCGCACCCGGCCCGGCACCCAGAACCUGCCGCCACCACCGCCACCGUCCAUCGUUGGUACCGGCAAUGGCCUUGGUCUCGCCCGAGGUGCUUGUGACUGAUUGCGA